AUGCCAUUAGAAAAGUUGGUUGGCAUGUUGGAUCAUGUCCACAAUGAAACUUUCCAACAAUGGUACAUAGCGUACAAAGGCCGAUGUCCUGGCAUGUAUCCACUGUGGAACCUUGCUGCACUUGAAGUGGGUGGUGUUAGUUGUGUGACACAUGAUAGUUUUGAAUCCUGGGAUGCUGCUGUGGUGGUAUUUGAGAUGGCAUGCACAAAGGGUCAUGUUCAUGUCUUGUAA